CGCCCGCACCCGUGUUCUACCCCCGCGCCGAACACGCCACCUUCACGGACAUGUGGACCCCUCUCCGCGCGCCGAUCCACGUGUCGUCCCACUGGCCUGCCCCCAGAAACCAAACACCGCGCCGCCACCUCCGCGCUCGCCCGAAGCGACCAGGUGUCUCCGCUUCGCGUGGCAGCUGCCGCCUGCGUGCACUCGUCGCGCCGCUUCCCCUCACCUCCGCGGUGACCUCACCGCCUCGUCCGCGCCACAGCUCCAGCUGCAGAUCCAUCCCUCGGUCGCAGCUCACAGCUCGUAACACGCACGGCCGGCUAUGGCGUCAUCCACCUCCACGGCGUCGGGCGACGAGCCCCGCGGCCCGUCCUCCGGGGCGGGUGCGCCGCUGCAGGCGCUCGCAGAGUGGGCUGCGUCGCUGCAGGCCUACUACGCCGCCGGCGGGCACCCCUACGCCUGGCCCGCCGCGCAGCAACACAUGAUGGCUGCGGCAGCGGCGGGGGCGCCCUACGCUGCACCGGUACCGUUCCCCAUGUACCACCCCGCGGUCCCCGCCUACUACGCGCACGCUUCCAUGGUCGCGGGUGUGCCUUACCCGGCCGGCGAGGCUGCGCCGGAGGCGGAAGGGAAUCGCAAGAUGAAGAGCUCCGGUGGCCCCUAUGGCGAUGGUUCUUCCGGGAGCAGUGAUGGCGGGAGCGAGGAGUCAUCAGAUAAGAGAGAUGCUAGUGCCGACCAGAAGGUAUCACCAUCUGCAAAGAGGAGAAAGUCCAGUAAUGCAAAUGUAGAAGGUGGGCCAUCUCAGCCUGCCACAACGCAGGAUGCUGCAGCUGAGUCGCCAUUCGCGACCAAGAGGAGGUCUGCAUCACAGCUCUCAGUUUCGACACUCGAGAGGGCAGCACUUUCUAAUCCCACAACAAACUUGAACAUUGGGAUGGAUAUUUGGAGCAAUUCUCCAACUAAAGCAGAGACCUUAGGACAGGGAGAGAUGAAUGCUGGGGCACCUUCCCAACAUGCUGGCGCUUUGUCUCAGAUGCAGGACAAACGAGAUUUGAAGAGGGAGCGAAGAAAAAAAUCCAACAGAGAGUCUGCAAGGAAAUCAAGGCUGCGCAAGCAGCAAGAAUGUGAGGAACUGGCCCAGAAAGUAACUGACCUGACCGAGAUUAAUGGUGCACUCAGAUCAGAACUUGACCAGCUUAAGAAGGCCUGUGAAGGCAUGGAAGCAGAGAAUUCACAACUAAUGGAUGAAAUGGAACAGUCCGAGGCACCAGGUGUUUUAACUACUUUGAGCAUGCAGAUUGACACAUCAAAGGUGCAUGCAAACAAUGGCCAACGCCAUAAGAAAAACAAUAAUGACAGCAAAUGGUAGUUCGAGUAGCAACCGUGAACUAGAGGUUAGCCUAGAAUCUAGAUAACGAUAAGACGAGAUGAGGUGUUUAAUAUUUAAGUGCACCAUCGCCCGCCAUCAUGUCUUUUUUCUUCCCCUUCUUAGAUAGAACUACCAUCACAGUAUUUUUUUUUUCCUUUCUAAAGCUACUCGACAAUGUUUCGAUGCCAACGGAGUUUGUGACUUGUGUAAAUUCUCCAUGUAUUAGGUAUGGCUGCCUGCCAAAAAAUGCGUGUAAACUGCUGUGUAUCAAACCAUCAGCUAUGGCUGACUACAAAGAAAUACUGUAAAACGAUUGAUAGUUUUUUGUUUUUUGAGGGAAAGCCUUCACGUUUCCCA